AUGGAUUCCAACACCUCCUCUGAGUUACCACCUGGAUUGGAAUAUUUAAUUCAGGUAGAUCACAUUAUGAUUCAUCAGCAGUUUGAGGUUGUGGAAGCCAUUUUAGGUUUUGAAACUGUUAACAAAUACAAAAUCAAGGACAAGCUUGGUCAGAAAGUUUACUACGCAGUCGAAGAGUCCAAUUUCUGCGCAUGUAAUUGCUGUGGGGACUGCAGGUCUUUCUCUAUGAGGAUUCUUGAUAACUCAGGUCAUGAAGUUAUACUUUUGAAGCGACCACUAAGAUGUAGUUCUUGUUUCUGUCCCUGCUGCCUCCAGAAGAUGGAAGUCCAAGCUCCUCCUGGUGUGACAAUAGGUUACGUUGUUCAGACCUGGCACCCAUGUGUUCCAAAGUUUACAGUUCAAAAUGAGAAGAAGCAGGAUGUUCUCAAAAUUGUCGGUCCAUGUAUUGUAUGCAGCCUUGGAGGAAACAUUGAUUUUAAGAUCAAAUCUCUUGAUGAAAAAUUUGUGGUUGGAAGGAUUUCCAAGCAUUGGUCUGGUUUUCUGAAGGAGUUACUGACAGAUGUGGACAAUUUUGGUAUCCAGUUCCCAAUAGACCUUGAUGUAAAGAUAAAGGCUGUGAUGCUUGGAGCUUGCUUCCUCAUAGACUUCAUGUUUUUUGAAAGCACUGCAAAUCAGAAAUGA